AUGAUCCGUCUAAGUGAAAAUUUAUUAACACAACUAUUUAAUGAUAUAAAUCAAAAAUUCCCUAGAGUGGCUACACUGGAGGAAAGUGCUAAAGCAUUCUGGCUACAUAUCAUCGACAAAAAUAAGAAGGAUCAGAUAAGUGUAGGAUAUUGUUGUCCAGAGUUCUGGGAAUGUGAAGGGCAUAUGUGUCAAUUAAAUGCCGGUGCCACAUCAAUAAUAACGUGCUUAUUUACAAUUUCUAGAAUAAUUAGAAAAAGUGGAUUCAAAAAACUUAAUUCGGUUUUAAUAACACCUAUCAUGGAUUAUGCAAUAAUCUUCAGCAUCAAUUCAUUUACUGCAUUGCGCUAA